CCAGCCGUGCGCAGCUACAUCGAGCACAAAAUAACUAUUGUGGGGAUAGAUGAUUGAUAACGCAACUGCUAUAGCGCAGGCCGGGAGACGGAAACAUAUGUAAUUUUCUUAUUGUACAGCUGGUUCAGUGACACUGGGUAGUGCAUGGAGUGUUAUUGCAAUCAGUCCUUCUAUAUCAACCACUUCUACCAGCAAUUACAAAAUACUUUGAUUCCGGACGGCUUGCGGAGGAGGAAUAUUGCUGCAGAGCUAUAGGGGAAUGCCAUGUGUCGUGGCGCGACAUAAGAAGCGCUUUGUGGUGUGUUUUCCAUCGGGGACAGGUGGUGUUGGGAGGUAGCGGGUGUAUAUGAAAACACAACCCGGAGACAGUUGUCUUAAGGAUGUCACGCUGCCGUACAGGAUAUUUUUUUUUGCCAGAGACAGAUGCGACAGAGAGGAGUAGGCUAGUAGUUUACAAAUUAGGUUAGGAUUAGGUUUGACGAAAACAUCGGCUCACUCUCUCCUCUUCUUACAUACUGGAUAUUAAUCCAGGGGAAAUCAGACUGUAGAGAGAGGCAAGAACUGUGUAACCGCCGCGUUCCGGGCGCACCCUUUACGCGACAAUAAGCGGGAGGAGGAUGGUGCAACAUUAGGCUGUCAACAAAGGUGUCUUACCCAGAAAAACAAACACUUACUUCGUGCUGAGUCUGUGUUCUACUGCUGCCAUGGCGACCCUGGCCCCACCCUUCUUCCUGCUGUUUUGGCUCCUCCGAUUGGCCAGCGCCGCAUUUCCAGAGGAACCGGGGCCUCUGAACUUUAUACCCACUGAAGUGGUACGGCGAUACCCAGUGUUUCUGGGUCGGCCACAUCGUUCAUCCCUGAGACAGGAGACACUGCAUAUUCAGAGAGUUCUCAAGGUGAACCGGACUCUCUACAUUGGAGCCAGAGAUGACCUUUUCCGUGUGGAGCUGGACAAUGUGGCGGGAGAGGAGAUGUUCUACAGUAAGAAGAGAACAUGGGAGUCCAACAAAAACGACAUCAGGACCUGCAGGAUGAAGGGCAAGCACGAGGACGAGUGUCGGAACUUCAUGAAGGUUUUGCUGAGUCGACAAGGAGGUCUGUUUGUCUGUGGGACCAACGCCUUCAAUCCGCUGUGUGCCAACUAUACUGGAGACACACUGGAGAUGGUGGGAGAGACGGUCAGUGGCAUGGCCCGCUGCCCCUAUGACCCUAAACAUGCCAACGUGGCUCUGUUCGCCGAGGGGAAUCUGUUUACGGCCACUGUGACGGACUUCCUGGCAAUAGAUGCAGUGAUCUACCGUAGCCUGGGGGACAAUCCUGCACUCCGCACUGUCAAACACGACUCCAAAUGGUUCAGAGAGCCCUAUUUCGUCAGUUCAGUGGAAUGGGGUCCUCACAUCUACUUCUUCUUCAGAGAGAUGGCCGUGGAGUUUAACUAUCUGGAGAAGGUACAGGUGUCUCGGGUGUCUCGGGUGUGUAAGGCGGACCUGGGGGGCUCUCAGAGGGUGUUGGAGAAGCAGUGGACUUCGUUCCUGAAAGCCAGACUGAACUGCUCCGUCCCUGGAGACUCCCACUUCUACUUCAACCUGCUCCACUCCACCAGCCCUGUCAUCAGGAUGCAUGGCAGGGACAUCAUCCUGGGAGUCUUCUCCACCCCCGCUAACAGUAUCCCUGGUUCAGCAGUGUGUGCCUUCGACAUGGAGCAGCUGGCUGGGGUGUUUGAUGGGAGAUUCAAGGAGCAGAAGUCACCUGAGUCUAUAUGGACCCCUGUUCCCGAUGAGCUCAUUCCCAAACCAAGGCCAGGAGGCUGUGCCAUCCAGGGCUCCAGGUUCAACUCCUCCAAUGGUUUCCCUGAUGAGAUGUUGAACUUUGUGAAGACCCACCCCUUGAUGGAUGAGGCUGUGCCCUCACUGGGACAGAGCCCCUGGAUUGUCAGGACCAUGGUCAGGUACCAGCUGAAUAAGAUGGUGAUGGACACAGAGGCUGGCCCCAACCGGAACCGAACGGUGCUCUUCCUGGGCUCCAGCCGGGGGACCAUCCUCAAGUUCCUGAUCGUCCCCAACUGGGACAACACUGUGUCCGGCAGCAAUGUCUUCCUGGAGGAGCUGGAGGGCUUCAACCCUGACAAGUGUGGGGAGGACACUCCGCAGGCGAGGCAUCUGUUGUCCCUGACUCUGGACCGGGUGAGCCGCUCUCUGCUGCUGGCCUUCCCCUCUUGUGUGGUCAGGGUCCCUGUGGCACGAUGCCAGCUCUACUCACGCUGCAUGAAGAACUGCAUCGCCUCCAGGGACCCCUACUGUGGCUGGACCAGGGGAAGCACCUGCUCUUUCCUCAGGCCCGGGACUAGACUGCCGUUCGAGCAAGACGUAGAACACGGCAACGUGUCCCACUUGGGCGACUGUGACGGUCUUCUUCAGGAGUCUUUCAUUGACGAACCAGACGGUCUGGUAUCCAUCAACCUGCUAGUCGUGUCUGCAGUCUCAGCCUUUGCCACAGGGGCGGUGCUGUCUGGCCUGGCUGUCUGCUGGAUCAUGAGUCAUCGCCACCGCCACCGCACGCGAGGGACAGGAGCCAACAAUAGGAGCCGUAAAGGGGACAAAGAGCAGAACAUGCUAGGUCAGGGGCGGAGUGGCUCGGUGAUGAGUGUGACCCGUACCAGUGGCAGCGAGAGGACACGGUCACAUUCCCAGGCAGACAACCCGUUCGUAACGCCCAAUGGCUGGCCUAAAGGAGAGAUAGACCCAGGCCUACCUACUCCAGAACAGACUCCCCUGCAGCAGAAACGGCCUCCACCCAGUAUGAGGCUCCCAGACGGAGACUGGGACCAGAGUCAGACCUUCCUCAACUCAGUGGGCAUGCCCUGCCCAGCCAACUCAGUCAUCUACCUGAGCUCCAAGUUCCUGCAGGAGAGAGGGGGCAGGCACGAGGACCCAGGGAACGUGGGGCCCCCCAACACGGAGCGAACACGUUACCUGGUCCUGGCCAACCACCGGGAGCCCCACGGAGGACAACCCAGGACCACCCUGAGGAACUCUGCGGGCGAGUACAACUAUCCAGCCACACCGCAGGACUCCCCAGACCGCAGGAGGGUGGUCUCAGCCCCCAGCAACCAGAUGGACUUUGGGGACCCCCCCCGCUGGACCCAUGAGGGGCUCAACUAUAACAGCAACAACGGAGGGCCCUACCACUCCCAGCGCCCGGGCCUGAUUCGGGCCAACCACCACGGCCUGUCCGACUUCAAUCACCUGAUGGGAAAGAGUGUGGGCGAGCAUACCCAUAGUGGCCAGUGAGAAGAAGAGUGCCAUGAACCCCCCUCUCUGAAACCCAUUUCCCCUCAGCAACUGGAAUACCCCUCAGACUCUCCCAUCCCAAAUCCUGCCCUGUCUGUUCUCUCUCACUGUCAUUCAAUGUUCUGACAUCCCCUGGCGCGUAGCCUGGCUGCCUGACUAACUGACGGAAGAGACUGGGCCACCAGAAUCCAGCAGCUUAGAGAGAGAAAGAAAGAGAGAGAGUUAAAGAGAGGAGGUUAUUCUCCUCAUGGCUACUGCUCUCGCCCUGAGAGGUGCACCCCUCUGCUCCGUAAGUGGUUUAACCUGUGGAGCUGGGGCUGGACACAAUGAGACCAAUCUCAAGGACUAGUAAGCGGUGCAAGGGAAGGAACAUUUUGUGAAAAAGGAAUUUAAAAAACGGACAACCGCUUCACUGAUAAUUUAGCAUUCAGCUUCAGUUGUGAAAGGUCUCCUUCUACUAUCUUGUGCUCUGCAAGUCAUUCAUGUUGUGUGACAUUUUUAUUUCUGCUUUACUUUUGUGCCAGCAUCCAGGAGACAACCAUGUGUUUGUCCUUGGUUUUCAGGCCAACUCUAUCACUCAGCUCUAUCCAUCAGCUUGAGUUUGGUAGGUAUUAGCAAUGCCAGAGAACACUGAAUCACACAUUAAAGGAGAGGCUUCCUGUCUUAAUGUGAGCAUACAACACACUGGAGCUUCUUAUAGGAAUAAGCUUGAUAACGAUGUCAACGAUUAUUCCCAUUGUGUUAACAAUCAUGGAAAAAACACACAUUUCUAGUGUUUCUGAAGCUCUAUUAAGUGUUUAUAAAUCAGAUCGUGUAAUGAUUAUAUCCCCACCCAAGUCUUCAGCCCAGAACUAUCAACGACAGCACUGGACUUGAACAUGACAAAAACCAGGAGGGAGGAGAUAUGAAGAUGGUACCUUCUCAUUUGAUAAAAAGUGGAGGGAACAAGGAAAGAGGGCAGAGAAUGGUAUGAGAACUCCCUCCCCCUCCCUCUCUCCUUCUCUGUCUCCCUCUCCCUGGGUCUGUGUGACCUGACCUGAAGCCUAGGCUGCCCGACCUGUUGGAGAGGAGAACACACAGCCCAUGUAGGGGAAUGUGAGCAUGGCUGUGGGAGAUAGCGGGUCCUGGACCCUGCCACUGCGGAGUUCCAUUCAGGCUCCUCUCCCUGACACUGAGUCUCUUUGUGUCCUGGAGCAGGAGGAGAUGGCUACAACAAAUAGCGGUUAAGAGUCAGGCCAGGCAGGACAAACCCAGCUUCCUAGCCCAGUGGAAUAUCAAUGAGGAAAGCAGCACUCCCCUGCCCGUCCCUCCGGCCCCCUCACAUACACGGGCACCGUUUGGGACUGGGGCUGAGACCAGGCAGGGUGGUGGGCGCACGGAUGGGUUGAUAGGGCUAGGGCUGGGACCAGGCAGGGUGGUGGGCCCACGGAUGGGUCGAUAAGGCUGGGACCAGGCAGGGUGGUGGGCCCACGGAUGGGUCGAUAGGGCUGGGACCAGGCAGGGUGGCGGGCCCACGGAUAGGUCGAUAAGGAUGGGACCAGGCAGGGUGGUGGGCCCACGGAUGGGUCGAUAGGGCUGGGACCAGGCAGGGUGGCGGGCCCACGGAUAGGUCGAUAAGGCUGGGACCAGGCAGGGUGGUGGGCCCACGGAUGGGUCGAUAGGGCUGGGACCAGGCAGGGUGGUGGGCCCACAGAUGGGUCGAUAGGUCUGGGACCAGGCAGGGUGGUGGGCCCACGGAUGGGUCGAUAGGGCUGGGACCAGGCAGGGUGGUGGGCCCACGGAUGGGUCGAUAGGGCUGGGACCAGGCAGGGUGGUGGGCCCACGGAUGGGUUGAUAGGACUGGGGCUGGGACCAGGCAGGGUGGUGGGCCCACAGAUGGGUCGAUAGGGCUGGGACCAGGCAGGGUGGUGGGCCCACGGAUGGGUCGAUAGGGCUGGGACCAGGCAGGGUGGUGGGCCCACGGAUGGGUCGAUAGGGCUGGGCCUGUCAGACUGGCAUCAUUCAGACUGCAGAUCACUAUUUCCCUGCCUUUCAGCGUCUCCCACUAGAUCUCUGGCCCAGCCGCCAUUAUCAAUCCCCAAACAUUUACAAAUCAGUGUAAACUGCAUCACUGCGAUGGGCGCCGGGUGGCAACAUGCUUGGGAGCACAUAGACUGGCUUCAUUAGUGGGUCUGUGGGCUGGGAGGAGCAGAGGAGUAGAGCAGGAGAGAGAUGUACUGAGGCUGGAGGGGCAUAGGAGGAGCAGGGGCUGGGCUUUGUAUGACUGGCAGAGAGUGGAGGUAGAGAAACACAGCAGCACCAGUGCACACAUGUAGAUAUGUACAGGGCUUAAAUACCGAGGUAUGCUGACCUGCAGGGGGAGCAGAUGGCGAGGAAACCUGGCCUGUAUAGAGCCAGCUGUGUGGUGGGCUGAGGAGAGGAGCCAGGCUGGGCGGUGGGAUUGUUUGUCUUAAUGUGAAGGGCUAACCCACUGAGGUAGAAUACUAAAUGAGAUUAAUGUAGUGUAAGCACAUGAUCUAGCUGGGUAGAAAUGCCAACACAUGGCUGGGUUCAGGGAAACAGCUCAACAACUGAACGAGUGUGUGUGUGUGUGUGUGUGUGUGUGUGUGUGUGUGUGUGUGUGUGUGUGUGUGUGUGUGUGUGUGUGUGUGUGUGUGUGUGUGUGUGUGUGUGUGUGUGUGUGUGUGUGUCUGUGUGUCUGUGUGUCUGUGUGUCUGUGCUUGAGUGCUUGAGUGCGUGGGUGUUUGUUUCUGUACUUGUAUUACAGUAGUAAUGAGUGUUGCCAUGAAUGAGUAAUGUAGUGGGCUGGGGAGGGGGGGGGUAUAGCAUUAGCACAGUGAAGACAUUCUUUACAUAUUCCAUACUAUAGUAGACAACCCCUCCUCCUCCUCCCAUCUCCAUUGUAGCCCUGAGAGGAGUGUUGGUUGAGAAUAUGGGGCCUUGACAAAGUUUUGACCCCCUGUUGCACCCUCUCCUCUCUGUCACCCCGCUAGUUGCGUCCCCUAAGUGCAGUGUGUGAUUGAGUCCUGCUCUGCCUGCCCAGCCAGCCGUGCUCCUGCCCCCUCUCUUACACUGUUUCACGAAACAUGCUUGAUUAGGCAAAGUAUAUCCCAUCCCCUAAUGGUGUGAUGAGCCCCUGAGAAGAUUACUACAGACACAUCGAGAGGGAGACGAGCACCCACUCUCAUCCCCAGAAAUCACCCCUGCAUACUCAAACACACACACACACACACACACACACACACACACACACACACACACACACACACACACACACACACACACACACACACACACACACACACACACACACACACACACACACACACACACACACACACACACACACAGCACCCUAACCAAAUUCAGGAUGUAAUUUAAUUACGAUCCGCUGUCAUCACCAGGCCAGGGAGGAGGGAGGCUUGUGGCUCAGACCCAGAGAUGUGCUCUUUGGAAGAGCCACAUGAUAAUAUGAUUCUCUUAGUCCCCCAUGACUAUACAUGAAAGAAUCUAGGGUUCCCCUUUCUAUAGCGCUUCAGGCUUGCACACACACACACACACACACACACACACACACACACACACACACACACACACACACACACACACACACACACACACACACACACACACACACACACACACACACACACACACACACACACACACACACACACACACACACACACACACACAAUCAGCCUCUUCUUCUCUGCCCCAUGAUGUAUAAUCAUGCUGUGUCCCUCUGCUGUUUAGCUUCUACAAUCAAACAGAGGCAGUUUCUAAAUGUGUCAACACCAGAAUGAGAAAUCUGGGUAAUUUACUGUGAAGCGCUCCAAAAUCUUUGCUCUUUGAAAAUCAGAUUUGAAAUGUUUUAACCGUUUUUUCAUACAUUAGCAAUCCUCUGAUGCAGUAAAUUGUUUUCUUUGGCAGCCAUUUCUUUCUGCUGGGAGAUUUUUGUUUGGUUCUGUUUGAUAUGUAGCUCAUACAGUGUCGCCCCCUCCCUCCCCCUCUCCCACAUGACCCGAUCUGUGUGUAUAAAUAUCAUGGACUGUGUGUGUGUGCCUGAGGCCAUGCCAUUGUCUGUUGUUGGCUCGUUUUCCUCGGUAACCCAGUGAUUAGCUAAUGGCCCCCGGCCAGAAACUGCCAUGUCGGGAUGGGACACCCUAGAAAGAGCCAAACCAAAUAAGGAGACAUGUAACCCAGUCUGCUGAGGAAUUAACACAGGCAGCAGACAUUUUACUCAUCCAGCGAAACACAUCGAAGGAUAAGCACAAAAACGUUUGCAUUUUUGUAAAGUUGUAGAGAACAUUCUAUUUAGUCCGCACUGAUCAUUCUUGUCAUGUUUUCAUUAUUUUUCAAUUUUUUUGUUUCUAUGGUAAUAUUUGUUUGGGUUUUUGGGGUUUUGUUGUAUUGGAUUUUGAUUUGCUCUCUGGUGUGUGAGUUUGAUGAUGAUGAUGAUGAUGAUGAUGAUGAUGAAGAAGAUGAUAUUGAUUAGGAGGAAGAUGAUGGUGAGGAUGAUGAUUAGGAGGAAGAUGAUGACGAUGUGUAUGACGAAGAGGAUGAGGAUAAUGAUGAUUCUGUACUGUGAACAGCAUCUCAGUAUUUGCUCCCACUCUGAUGCCUGAGUCGUGUCUGAGAGGUGGAGAAGAGGAGAGGACCUGGCAAUACAGACUGGCGAUCACAAUGAAGUGAACUUUCCCACAAAGAGAACUUUCCCACUCGAGUCUCCUGCUACUGUGACAGUCCUGUGGCUCUCACCAGAGGCUAUCUGUCCCUGUCUGUGACCAGGGACACUGUCAUUAAAAAACACCACGUGUCCCUGUGUGUACAUAAUCUCAAUGCUUAAAUGUAAUUUAAGUGCAGUAGCUGCAUGACACAGCCUCUGUGUGUACAUAUGUAGAGACAUGUGAAUUUGUACAGUACAUGCAAGUGUGUGUGCUUGUGUCCGCAAAUGUCCAUCAGACAAACACAUGCAUGCACCCUCAAGCAACUGCACAAGACACACACACACACACACACACACACACACACACACACACACACCCUUCAGCAGUUGAACACCAUUUCCACAUCAUCCUCAGCGCUGCCUGUCACUUAGCAUGGAGACUUUGCUCUCUGUCAACUUUCUUAUUCUAAUAAACCACUCAGACAUU